CAUGUGGGCGCUACUGUAUGUACGAACGAAGCAGCAUGAGCGUAGAGAACGUUUCGAGUAGAUUGGGUGUGUUUACACGGUUCUUCAUGUGACUAGUGUGGUGUGGAAUGUAAAGGACUUUCGCUUCAAUUUGAAACACUUCAAUCAUUUUUAUGUUUCGACGAUCCGGUGGACAAUAAUGAUACGAAUGUCACAAAGCAGCUAACAAUUCUUUGAAAACAUGGAAUACACCAAUUCAAAAAUCUAUGUGACGACGGUAAUUGUGUGGCUCUGUUGUUCGGGCGUUGUCGGUCAAUAUGAAUGGCAAGUCAGAGAUGCGUUUGACGAAAUUCGCUUCAAAAUGGACAAAAUCAACAAAGAUAAUUGUCCUAUUCAGCAUCUCGAAGAUCUUUACUUGCCAGAGGAUUCGGUCUCUCAUUUACCCGAUAUCAAAGAUAUUAACAUUAAUCCUGUGUUCCCGAAUAGAACUGCUCUAUUGCAUCUUCAAAACAUGGCACUCAGUAGAUCCUUCUUUUGGAGUUACAUUUUACAAUCACGAUUCAUACGUCCAGCAAUCAACGAUACAUACGAUCCGGGCAUGAUGUAUUAUUUCUUGUCGACAGUCGCCGAUGUUUCCGCAAAUCCACACAUAAAUGCUUCUGCCAUUUAUUUCUCCCCAAAUAUGUCUUAUUCCUCAUCCUACAGAGGUUUCUUCAAUAAAACUAUGCCCAGAUUUGCACCAAGAACAUUCAGAGCUGAUGAUUUCAAUGACCCAAUACAUUUAGAGAGAAUAUCUACAAGAAAUACUUUUACUGUACAAGAUCUUGGUGCUUUUUCAAGGAGCAGUUUAAGUCAAGAUUACACAACUGACUAUUAUCGUAUAAACGAAUGGUAUAAGAAAUGGUUACCAGAUAACGUUGACAAGAGACACGAUACCAAAACUACAUAUCAAGUUGAAAUCCGCUAUGCUAACAGCACCAAUGAAACAUUUACAUUUCAUGGUCCACGAGGUGCAGACGAAUAUCCUGGACCUGUAAGAUGGACUAGACCAUAUUUUGAUUGUGGUAGAUCCAAUCGCUGGUUGGUGGCCGCGAUCGUACCUGUUGUAGACAUCUAUCCAAGGCACACAGGAUUUAGACACAUAGAAUACCCAACAUAUACUGCCAUAUCCGUGAUAGAGAUGGAUUUUGAAAGAAUAGAUAUAAAUCAAUGCCCUAAAGGAAAUGGAAACAGUGGACCGAACAGAUUUAGAAACACAGCAAGAUGUAAAACGGAAACUACUGAGUGCGAACCAUUACACGGUUGGGGUCUUCGACGCGGCGGAUAUCAGUGCAGAUGUAAGCCAGGUUUUAGGCUACCAACUGUUGUACGACGUCCAUAUCUUGGAGAGAUUGUAGAGAGAGCGACUCAGGAACAAUACUACAACGGAUUCGAUUGUACUAAAAUAGGGUGGAUUCAUAAAAUGCCGGUGCAAUGGGAGAAGGCAAAACCAUAUAUUCGAGAAAGAUACCUUGAACAAUUUUACCACUAUAGAAAUUACUCUUCCGGGCCAGAAGCUAUGAGAUCCGAGAAAAUGAAUAUCGAUCAAACUCUCAAGUUUAUCUUGAGCGUAAAUUCACGAACUUGCAAAAGUUAUACGCAGGAAGAGUUAACAUUGCGCGGAGAUACGAGUUUCGGCGUUAAAGAAUUCUUUGAAAAUGAAGCAAAAAUGGCAACUAGAUUAGCCAAUUUUAUCAGCGCAUUUCUACAAAUAUCUGAUCCAAAUGAAGUUUAUUCUGGUAAGAGGGUAGCCGACAGACCUCUGACAGAAGACCAAAUGAUUGGAGAGACUCUAGCUCUGGUUCUAGGGGAUACCAAAAUCUGGUCUGCUGGAACAUUUUGGGAUCGUAACAAAUUUACAAAUAGAACACUCUUUGCACCAUACGCUUAUAAAACUCAACUAAACACACGAAAAUUCAAAGUCGAAGAUUUAGCUAGGUUGAACGAUACAGAUGAAGUUUAUACGAGAAAAAGUUAUUUUCAAGUACUAAAACAAAGAUGGGCAACAAAUUUUGACGAGUUGGAAAAAUAUCAUAUAAAACUCAAAAUUAGGUACAACGAAACCGGGGAGUAUCUAAAAAAAUUCGAACAUUAUCCACAUUUUUAUAGGGCAGCAAACUUGAACCACGGCCAUUGGACUACUCCGUAUUUCGACUGUAACGGCAAAGUGAAGAAAUGGGUAAUUACCUAUGCAUCCCCGUUUUUCGGUUGGGAUAGUUUGAAAGGGAAACUGGAAUUCAAAGGCGUCGUAGCUGUUACCAUGGACCUGCUUCAGCUCGACAUUAAUCAAUGCGACGAUGUGUUCUAUGCGCCAAAUGCAUUCAAAAGUACCCACAAAUGCGAUAAGAAAACCUCAUAUUGUGUGCCCAUCCUUGGUAGAGGUUUUGAAACUGGUGGCUAUAAAUGCGAAUGCAAGCAAGGUUUCGAAUAUCCGUUCGAAGAUUUAAUUACGUAUUACGAUGGUCAGUUAGUAGAAGCUGAGUUUAAUAAUCUAAUCAACGAUGUAGAAACCAGGUAUGACAUGUUCAAGUGCCGGUUAGCUGGAGCUUCAUCCAUCCAAAUGAACUGGAUGUUAAUCGUAUCGAUCAUAACGUAUUAUCUAUUCAGGCGUUAAUGAUGUAAAAUACAUUUUAGUAGUUGCAUCUUUCUAACACGAUUCCGUCCAUCGAGAUAAGAUUUUUAAUUCGAUGCAUUUACGAUUCUCUAGAAUCGCUAUAUAAUCAAUUUACCAUUUUAGAUCAAUUUACACAUGUAGAUCUACUGAUUGUAAGAUUAAUUGAAUUUUUAAGGAUUCUAGUUAAUGUAUAUUAUAUAUAUAAUAUAUGUUAUAUAUAUAAUAUUAAUCCGUCCAAACUAGGUUCAAAUGUCUCGUUUCUUUUUUACCAGAAUGCGUUAGAAUGCGAAAAAACGAACUUUUAAACGAAUGAUAUUGUUAUUAAGACCAAUGUCUUAACAUUGCAACUAACAUUGUAAGUUAUUAUACACUGUAAGUUACUACUGUAAGCACAUUUUAUACCUCUUAUAUAUAUUUGGUAAUAUAUAACUCAUAUAAUCUUGUA